AUGGAAACUUGCACUUACAUUGAUGCCGAGUUACUGAAAGCGGCAGAAGAUGGCAAACUUGAAACAUUCAAAGAUGAUCCAGAAUCAAUUGAUAGCCUACUGUCUCCAAAUAAAAACACAAUAUUGCAUAUCUACCUUAGCACUCUAAGUGAAAGAUCCACCGAGUUUAUAAAGGAGGUACUUAACAUUCGUCCGUCGCUGUUACGGAAGGUCAAUGUCCACGGCGAUACUCCGUUGCACAUUGCAGCAAGGUACGGGCAUGCUGAUGCUGCAAAAGAGCUAAUCGAACAGGCAAAGGCUUCAACACGUGAUGAAAGAGAUUUAGAGAGCGGAGAAGGGACAAGAGAGAGUGAAAUGGCGGCAGUAAGGAAGAUGUUAAGGAUGACAAAUAUAAAUAAAGAAACAGCCUUGCAUGAGGCGGCACGAAAUGAAAGAAGUCUGGGUGUUGUGGAAGCAAUAAUGAGUAAUGAAGAUCCAACAGAGUUUACAUAUUCUGCCAAUAAUCGUGGAGAAACUCCGCUUUACAUAGCUGCUAAAAGUAGAAGGAUACCGACAGUUUUUAAACUAUUAUGUCAUCCCAAUUCACAAUCACUGGCUUAUGGUGGUCCCAAUGGUAAAACGACAUUACAUGAGGCAACAAUGCUGGACUUCGGAGAUGAGGGCUCAAAAAAUGAAGGGAUGAGAAAGAAGGUAUUGGAGAAAUACAGAUCCUUGGCCAAAGAGAAAGACACAGCAGUGCGGACUGCACAAUGCCCUGGAUAUAUUGUGUAUGAGAUGAUAGAUAGGCUAUUGGCGAUAUGGAGUAACUUGGCCAGAGAAACAGAUGAAAAAGGAUGGACUCCACUUCACUAUGCUGUGUACGCAAGAAAUUGGGCAGCGGUCGACGUGCUAUUAGAUGUGGAUAAAUCUACUGCUUAUAUAGCCGAUAAAUAUUGGAAGAGGACUGCUCUUCACAUUGCAGCCUGUCGAGGCUUCCAAUACGAAAUGGAAUUGAUUAUUGAUGGAUGCCCGGAUUGCUGCGAACUUACUGAUAGUAGAGGCUGGAAUGUCAUUCAUUAUGCAGUGAUCAGUAAAAAUGAUGAAGUGCUAAAAGCAGCGCUCCAAUAUUCAUCAUUGAUUUAUCUUUUAUAUGGAGAAGAUGUUAAAGGAAAUACGCCUGUCCACCUAUACAAGACUUAUCAUUCUCGUUUGCCUUCUUUCAUAAAAAAUGCAUAUGAAGACAAUGAUAUGUUCAAACAUUGGAGAACAUUGCACGAUCAAAUUCAAAUGGAAGGAGACUUUAAGAGUGAAAAUUUAGCAUGGAUGAAAGACCUUGGCACUGGACCAUUAGGGAAAAUUGAAAUGCAAAACAUAGAAGGCCUAAAGACCAAAAAAAAUAUGAUACGUAAAUUUGAAGAUGUCAAAGACUCUCAUUUGGUAGCUGCAGCACUUAUAGCAACAGUAACGUUUGCAGCGAUGUUCACCUUACCAGGAGGUUAUAUAAGUGAUGAAAACGAUUUAAAGAAGGGGACUCCUAUCUUAAGCGGAAAUUCAGCUUUUACAGCAUUUAUGAUAUCAGACACUAUAGCUAUGGUUUUAUCCACUUCUUGUGUCUUUAUCCAUUUUAUAUUGGUGAUGUUAGGAUAUCUGGAAAGAUACUAUUGGUUAAUAAAAUGUGCCUUCAGCUUCCUCUUCUAUGCUAUGGUAGCAAUGGUGAUUACAUUUGUGACAGGCGCUUAUGCAGUUUUAGCACCUACGUUUGGAUAUGGCAUUUGUGUCAUCGGAUUGAGCUUCUUCUUCUUCAUAUUUUAUUCGAUCAUAAGCGUAACAUGGAGUUUAUUUCUUUCGGACGAUGAUGAUGAAGAAGUUAAUAGCUACAAACAUCAAAUAAAAACUUUCUCUUGGCUGACUGGCGGAAUUUUUUGGUUGGGUUUCUUGUUCAUUGCCCUCCAUUUGGAGCUUCGAGAUAUGUUUAAGAAGUUUAAAAAGUGGCGGAAGGGAGGCAAUUAUGGUAGAAACCCUGGUCCUAUUCCUUUUGAUGUUCAAAAGGAAGCAUGGCAAACGUUAUCAGUAGAUAACCAACUUGGUUUAGUGUUCUCACAACCUGAUGAUGUUGUGAGGGAUUCUGUGCUUUGGCCUUCCUCUCCUUUCUUGUGUUCUCUUUGUGGCCUUGAAGCUCUAGCUAUUGUUGUUGGUUCGGGUAUUGUAGCUGCUGCAUGUUCUUGUUCUGCAGUGUUUGUUGUAGAUUCUGUUGCUCCUGGUUGGAGAGGAGGUGCAGAGGCCAUGGGUCGGGUGGAUUUUGACCUGAUUUUUCGUUUAUACGUAGCUGUGGAGGGUGGUGGGGGUGUCUCUUGUGGAGGGGAAUCGGGGUUGGGAGGUCGCAUUGACAAUGGCGAAACCUGGAGAGGGGAAGUUUGA